AUGAUCCAACCUGAUUUAUUUUCGGUGUUGAAAGUGUCAAAACAUAGUUCUGAAGUGAUAAGAUUCGACGCUGAACUGGAAAAUCGAGAAAAACUUGACAGAGUGUUAGCUCGUCUUGAAAAUCGCAUAGUACAGCUAAAUGACUACCCGGAGCCAUUGAAAGUAAAAGUCUCCGAAGCAAAAUCUGAUUUUCCGAGUAGACAUGCUUGGGAUUCUUUCUUUCGAGACGCUACUGACAUGGAUGAAAUGAAGCCAGGAGAACGACCAGAUACUGUUCAUGUAAAAAAUCUGCCUAUCAGAUGGUUUGUUCAUGAUCGUGAUCCAGACAAAGAUGCUCCACCAUCAGAGACUAUAUUUAAAAAAGUAUUUGAAAAAUUUGGUGCUAUACGACAAGUAGAUGUUCCUGCUGCUGAUCCAUUUAGAUUGCAAAUGAAGGAAGCUAUGAGAGGUAUAAGUAUUUGUGCAGCUGAAUCAGCCCUCUACUUUGAAGGCUAUGUACAGUUUAGUGAAUAUGUGGGCUUUGUGCGUUGUAUGGAUACUUUAAGAGGACGGAAACUAUUACGGAAGAAGGAUGAUAUAUCUGAGUGGUGUAAUAUUAAUGUAGACUUUGAUAAAACGAAACAUAUGACAGAUGCCGCUGUGAAACGCAGGUCAAUAGUGAGAGAGAGGUUGAUUGCACGUCAAAGAGCUAAAGAAGAAGAUGAGAGAAUCGAGAAAGAUAAAAUUGCUAAGAGAGAAGCGAAAGAGAGACAAAAAUUGGAGCAAAUUGAAAGGGAGAAGUUGGAGAAGAUGAGGGAGAGAGAAGAGAGGAGGAAAAAGAAACAGCUGGCUAAACUUGUUGAGAGAGACAAAUUAGAUCUGAAUAAGAAAGUGGCUGAAGAACAAAGGAAGUUACAGACUGCACAUAAAAGAUUACAGGCUAUAAGACUAAUUGAGGAACUGUUUAAGAGGAUAGAGUUACGGCCAGAGCUUCAACGUAAUGGCCAUCAAGAACGGUACUACGGCGCAGGUGAGAGGUCAGCACGUUCGCGUGUGGUCGACAGGUUCAAACGACAACAGGAGGAACAGCUGGAAGCACUAAGGGAACAGUUACAGCAAGCUCUUGAUGGGCGCAUAGUAAUCCGGUCGGCAUUGGAAACUAAGAAAACUAGACACGAGUCGCCUAUCAGCUCCCUGUCAUCAGAUGACGAGCGAACGAAGAAGAGAGUCAAGAUCGAGAAACUCGCCACACCCGAGAGGGAAUUCGAUUACAAUAAACCACCAGUUCCAGGGAUGUACGGCGUGGCGAACCCGUACAGUUUCCCGUACCCGUUCGCGUGUGCACCGCCCCCCGGAUACCCCUUCCCGCAAACGUCGCUGUACUACGGGGUGCGCGGGUACUUCGGCGAGCGGCGGCCGAUGCGAGCUCGCGGCCGAGGCAGAGGGCUCAGGCCUCGAAUGCCGUACUUCGAUGGACCCGACGCCAGCCAACAGUACUACCAAUAUUUCAAGAAACUAACGGAGCAGGAAGGCCGCAACCAGCAUUGCGAUCGAUCGCACUCGCGGCGACUCGCUCCAGGUCCAGGAGUAGACGUUCCAGAAGCAGACGUUCUAGAAGCAGAAGCCGAAGCAGACGUUCAAGUUCUAGAAGCAGAAGAUCAAAAUCAUACCACAGUCGUUCUAGGUCUCGAAAACGUUCUAGAUCGCGUAGCCGCCGAUCCAGAACAAAGUCCCGUUCCAAGAGCAGACAUCGCACGAGCAGUCCCAAACAGACGAGCGAGCACAAAGGCAGAAAUAGUGAGGGUGGGAACCAGCUGGCUACGCCACAGAUAA